AUGGAUUCCUCUAAUGGAAAAGUCUCGCCAUCAGUAGCCUUAACACCAGAGGUGGUUCCAUCUAAUGGAACGACAUUGACACCGGAGAUUGGUUCUUCCAACCAAGCAGGUGCAACUAGCGCAUUUCAAGUACCAAAGAUGGAUUGCUUCAAUCGAACGGUCUUGUCGCAUUGGGAAGCCUUUUCAGGUGCAAUUGAAGAUGAAGUUUCUGGACUCGAGCCAAUAAGAGCCGAUGGAUCUAAUUUGAACCUAGCGACCCUGGUUGCCAUCGCGAGAUACCGUCGCAAAAUCUCACUUAGCGAAGGAGCAACCGGCAAAAUGAAGAAAAGUGCAGAGGCUUUGCAAAAACGGAUUCAAAACGGCGAUUCAAUUUAUGGUGUAAAUACUGGUUUUGGUGGAAGCGCAGAUGUUCGACCCAAGAACGUCUCCGAAGUUUCUGCAAGCUUAUUUCGAAUGCUCCAUUACGGAGUUAUUUCUGGCCCUCUAGACAGUCGUCAUGUUGAAGAGUUAGCAACAAACGAUUCAGUGAGCGAUAUUGAAUACAGGGAGUCUACAGCUGCGAAACUAGCAAGACUGGCUAUUCCUUUGUCUGAUCCCGUUUGCUCAACCACCAUGCAGAGAGCUGGGUUCGUGGAGCAAUGGCCAUUCGUGCCAAUACGCUUGCCCAAGGGAGCCUCUGCAAUUCGACCAGUCAUUGUUCAAUCUCUGUUCGAUCUUUUAAACAAGGAAGUUAUCCCAGCAGUGCCACUUAGAGGAAGCAUAUCUGCUUCCGGUGACCUUAGCCCGUUGUCAUACAUAGGUGGAGCAUUGGAAGGGAAGCCGGCGAUUCAGGUUUACGUUGAUUUUGAUCGAAAACGCGUCUCAGCAGACAAAGCAUUAUUGCAAGCUGAUAUCCCCCCGCAGUUUUCCAACCUAAAGAGGGAUUAUCGUUAG